UUUAUUUUACUCAUGGUGUGUUUUCUAGCAUUAAAAAAAAACACCAUAUGGACAUAACAAGAUUUAAAAAACCUUGAUUUUCACCAGUUGGAGAGUUAAUAUAAGCAACCAUAGUGUAAUGGUGAACUCAAUUCAUUUGCAUUUUGAAGUUACUGCAAACAAGAUGCGUUUCUGUGUCAUUUGGAAGCAGCUUUCCAAUUGUGUUUGACAUGUAAAUCUACACAAACGUCUAGUUGUCACUGGAUUUAUGGCAACCUUUGUGGAUGUAGCAUCACAGCCAUUAAUAUUUGUUUGUCUCUAAAUACUUUUGUUGAUUUGUGUGCAUCAGAGUAUCAAGUAACGUCUUUCUUUGACCUGCUAAAAGGAUCAGAAUGAUGAAAAAAUAUGUCACUCAAAGAGGAUGCACAUUGUAGCCGUCAGAAAGUAAACUCAGGCCUUGUUCAGCUUUUUUAUUCACAUCCUUCCUGUCUGACUUCACAGAACGGCAGGAAGGUUUUGUAACAUUUUGUAUUUUGCAUUGGUUAUAAAACAGAUGUGAGAUUUUUCUAUUUUUCUAUCACACUUCCGUUCAGUUUAUCGUAAAGUUCACAAGUGUGCAGAGUUGUGACAUAAGAACAAUGAAUAUCUUGCUUGAAUUUGUGGAAAGACCUUUUAGAAAGAGAAAGUUCAGCUGAAGUGUGAUGUAAGAGUCAGAUCUAGUUUUACAUUCAGAAAAGAAGAGAUAUUUCAUCUCAAAAACUAAGGGAAUUGAAAACUAUACCUGUUAAAUGUUAGCUUGAUGUAUCAAAUACUUUCCAAGUUCAUGUUACAGUAGAAUGUUGACGUUUCAGCAUUUUUAAAAAUUCUAAUUAUUUUUUGCGCAUUGAAAUUCAAGACUAUGUUUAACUGAUAAUAUUUCACAAACUAUUUAAAAGAAAAGCCUGGAUUUUUCACAGUUAUUUCUUAUCAUUCCCAUGAUUAAUAAUCUACAAUAUUGGGAAAAUAGGUCAAAUAAUCUCUGAUUAUGGGCGAGUUGAAAAUGAAAAGCCUCAUCUUUGAAUCACUUCAACAAAAACGCUGAUAAACAAAAGUCAGAUAGUGAUAUUUUCUGAGCCAUAGUUAGUUGUAAAUCACAAUAAUAGAAAAUAUACAUAUUAAUAUGAUAUACAGUCAGAAAAGUUAGAAAAAUGUGUUUUCGUUAAACUUUUGUAACGGAUUGAAUGGGAAAAACUAAAAUAUCACUACCAAAUAGAGUUUUGAGGUUUGUAAAUGUUUCUCCAAACAGAACUAAAGACCAGAAAUAGUUCUUGAAAACUGGAUUAUCUGAAACCUAACGACCCAGAAGUGACUCAGUGUGAAAAUGUAGCAGCCAAUCAAAUGAAAGCAGCGGUCAGAGUCAACUCCAGCCAGCUAAGAUCAGAGAAAACCAGUGGAGAGAAGCGAGCAUGCAGUGAUUUCAGGACACAAACCAGCUCCUCGUCGUGCCAUAAAGUGUGUGACGUCGCUGCAGCCUCGGUAUGAAAGUGCAAACUGUGCUCAGCCAGGCAGACUGAUUCACCUCAGGUCACAGUCUCAGCUGGAAAAACUCACCUGUGGCCUGACAGAGCAGAGCAAAGCUUCAGGAUGGAGAAGCUGCUGAGGAAAUGUCAGAUCAGGAACCAGCUGGUCAGGGAGUGCAUGGCGGAGUGUCUGGGAGUCUACAUCCUGAUCCUGUUUGGAUGUGGCUCUGUUGCCCAGGUGACCACAAGUCAAGAGAAAAACGGCCACUAUCUGUCCAUCAAUCUGGGUUUUGCUCUGGGAGUCACGUUUGGGAUCUUUGCAUCUCGUGGAGUCUCAGGUGCUCAUCUAAACCCUGCUGUGACUCUGAGUUUGUGUGUUCUGGGGAGACAUCCGUGGAUCAAACUUCCAUUUUACGUCUUCUUCCAGGUGGUUGGAGCUUUUCUGGCUGCAGCCACAGUCGCUCUGCAGUACUAUGAUGCCAUCCAAGCGUUCACUGGAGGUGAGCUGACAGCAACGGGUCCUACGGCCACAGCAGGAAUAUUCUCCACCUACCCAGCCGACUACCUCAGUCUGUGGGGAGGAAUCGUGGACCAGGUGAUAGGCACGGCCGCCCUGCUGCUGUGCGUCCUGGCUCUCGGGGACCAGAAGAACGGUUCCCUCCCUGAUGGUCUUCAGCCGGUCCUGGUGGGAGCAGCGGUUCUGGUUCUUGGCAUCUCCAUGGGCUCAAACUGUGGAUACGCCCUGAACCCGGCCAGGGAUUUUGGACCUCGAUUGUUCACGUACAUCGCCGGCUGGGGGGUGGACGUGUUCAGGGCUGGAGGCGGCUGGUGGUGGGUGCCCAUAGUGGCUCCAUGCGUCGGGGCGCUGCUAGGAACGCUGAUCUACCAGCUGAUGGUUGAAGUCCACCAUCCUCCCACUUUUCAGGAGGCCAAGAAGGAAGUAGAACUCGAAGGGGUGGAACCAGAGGGAGAAAAACCUACAUAGCAGGAACGUUACAUGGAGUUAAAGAGGGAGAGAAAUCUGUAUCUAUGUAAAGUGUCUGUGUAAAUGUCUGAUGUAUUAGAACAAGUACUGCCUGAAAUCAUUUUGUAGCAUAAUUACAAAUGCAAGUAGCUAAAUCUCCAGGAGUUUCCACCACCUUGUAUAAAAUCUGCUAGAUGUAUUAUGAAAUUUUGUAUGAGCUUGUAUUAUUGCAUGAAUCUUGCUGACACGUCAAGUAAAAUAUCUUUACCUCUACUUAAGAUUGGCUCAAAAUUUUGCACAGUUCUUCACAUUCUUCCCAUGAUGACUGUGGAGAUCCUCUGACUUUACAUCUAGUGUCAUAAUCAGGACAAAUUCCACUUUGGUUAUCAGCUACAGGGCCGUGCAGAGUCCUUUGGAGGGGCAGGUGCUCAAAGUUAAAAGGGGGCACAUGGAGCACGAAAUGGAAACACCACACAGAAACAUACCUGACAGUAUAACUGGCUGAACUGUAGCAUAUUCAUGAAGAAAGUAACAUGGAGUCAGUGGUGCAAUGGUUAAGUCUCAGGACUACUGAUUAGAAGGUCAGUGGUUCAAACCCUGUUGUGGCCGCUGUUGGCCCCUUGAGCAAUGCCUUCAACUUUUCUUGCUCCAGGGGCGCUGUACUAUGGCUGACCCUGCGCUCUGACCCCGACUGGGAUUAACAAAAAGCAACAUUUCACAGUGCUGUAAUGUAUUUGUGACAAGCUAUUAUUUUGAAGUUGAAUUUAGAUCACCAUUAGACACUGGACUGUUUAACUGUGGCCACUCUUCCUGAAGUUCUUGCAAAGUUCUUCAAAGUAAAAAAAUAAAUAAAAUAAUAAUAAUUAAAUGAUAUGGAAAUCAUGUA